CAACUGCCAGCUCCCAGAAAUCCGCUCAACCAUGAUCGCCUUCCUGUGCCUGCUUGCCGCUCUCCUCGCCAACGCCAUGGCCGUGUACGUCCCCACGUACGGCGUGCCGGUAGCUGGCUACCCCACUGCAACGGUGGCCGGCUACCCCGGCGUGCCAGCUGUCACGAGUGUGCACGCCACCCCAGUGGCCACCCUGCAGACAGUCCACCAGGCGGUGCCAGUGAGUCCCACUGUUCACAACGUGGCUACUCCGUACGGCUACCGCACAACCGGCGUUAGCUACAGCCACAGAGUCGACGCCCACCCAGUGCGCGCACGCUACGCGUACGGCCUCGCGCCUUAUGGCUACGGCUACGGAUACGGUCUUGGCGCCUACGGAUACCCCACCGUGCUGCAGAAAUGGUAA